UUUUGUUUCCCUCGCCUUCAUUUCUCCUGUCUAUUUCAUCGGAAGAAGACAUUGCAUUACCUUCGCACUUGAUUUCUGCUUGGGAUCAAGAUAGUUGGGGAUUGAGAGAAGUUCUAAAUUUUAGGUAAAAAUGGAGGAGGCGAAGGCAUUGCAGCAGCAGCAGCAACAAUUGCUUCUUCAGCAUCAGCAGAAACAGCAGCAACGAUUGCUGCUUUUCCAGCAAAUGAAGCAACAACAACAGCAGCAGCAACAUCAGGCACAGCAAGCUGCGGCUAUUUCUCGUUUCCCCUCUAACAUUGACGCUCACUUGCGUCCUAUACGUCCCAUCAAUCUCCAACAAAGCCCUAAUCCUAAUCCUAAUCCUAACCCUAACCCGAACCCCACCCCCACCCCCAAUUCAAAUCCCAUGGCCAAUGUCCACCACAACGCUAAUUUGAAUCAUCUGCAGCAGCAGUCGCAACAGCAGCAGCAGCAGCAGCAGCAGCAGAAGAUUGUUCGACCCACUAACCAGAUGGAGCUCCAGAUGGCGUACCAAGAUGCUUGGCGGGUGUGCCACCCGGACUUCAAGCGACCCUUUUCUUCCCUCGAAGACGCAUGCGAGAGAUUAUUGCCGUAUCAUGUUGUGGCAGACUAUGAAGCAGAAGAGGAUGAUAGGAUUCUUGAUUCUGACACCACAGGUCAGGUGCUGUCACGAUCACAGCAAUGGGAUAAUAAUAUUGCUGCUAAAGUUUCUGAGUUUGUAGCAACUUUCGAAAAGCAGUCACUUGCCUUUAAUAUAAUAACCCGCAAACGAGCUAUGGGAGAAUUUCGAUCUGAGGAAAGAUUGUUUCUUGAGCAGUGUCUUCUACAAGACGAAAAACGGGCCUUAGUGGAAUUAAGAGCAGAACUAGAAUCCAGGGAGAAGGCUGGUCGUGAAGCCCAUGAGGCUAAGCUACGGAUGGCAGCUAUGGCUCAACAAGCAGAGCAGGCUUGGGUGGAUUCACACCCUCAUGCAGAAAUGAUGGCUCGAGUGCCAAUAAGAGAUAGUGCACUUGGGUCUCAAGGCAAUGACAUGGGAGAACAGGGUCAAGGAAGUAACCCAGGUGAGAUGAUCAAUGGAUGGGGAAACAAUGCACAGAAAGAUGAGAAGGAACCAUCUGAAGAUUUCUUGAAUGAUGAAGAAGCAGAGAAUGGGGACACGGCCACUCAGGAUGGCUGGCGUGAAGCUGGUGAAUUUGAUCUGAAUGCCAGGUGAUUGAUCCAAAACAAGUUUGAGUGAAAUUGGCUCUGAGAGUUUUACUUUGGUUUCCUGGGAACAACAUCCGUAUUGAAAAAGCUUCAUCCAUCUUAAAGAACUUUGUACUGGACCUGGCUUUUCAUCUUUAAAAUCCAUCCUCAGAAGUGUUUCAAAUGAUCAAGGUCCAUCAACAAAGGGGCAGAGAAAACUAGUUGGCGUAAUUAGUUAGAUGGGAUAUAUUUGGAAAUAAUUCCUUCAGUGCAUAUAGUUUGCAGCAUCAGGUCGAAAAUAGUAUUUCUAUUGAUGUAAUUUCAUGUUCUUUGAACCGGACGGAAUUGCUCUAGUUAAGUAACCCCCCGGCGGAUACUUGAUUAGUUAAAAUGUACUUGGGCAAUAUAACUAGAUUCUUCAUGGUCCCUAUAAGGCUUUUAAAUUCUAUUUCACUCAAGGUGAACGUUUCUUCAAAUAAUUUUGUGC